AUGGCCUCUGCCCCGAGGCGGCUUUCCAGCACCCUGCACCGAGGCGGCUUUCCAGCAGCCCGCACGGAGCCCCUGCUCUUUCAGUCUGAGCGUGGGUCAGAGCGCCGUCUAGAAGCACGGGCACAGAGGCGGGAGGGCUGUUUCCACGUCGCUGCACGGGGCAUCGAGCACGUGGAACUGAGUCCUGGACCUGCCACCUGGCACGGCCUUGCCGCUGUAGAGGUCCAGACUCCCGGAGCCUCCCAGAUCUGCAGUCAGAACCUACACGGAAGCGCGGCUGACUCUCCCAGGGAGGGAAAACCGGCCGGGGGUCCGGACUUCACCCAGCUGGCGGACAUGGCGUCUGAGUCUGUAGGAGGAAAGAUUUUAUUCGCAACAGAUGACUUUUUUGCUCCUGCGGAAAACCUCAUAAAGAAGGACCGCCCAGGCUUCAGAGAACAGGAGCACGCCGAGUUUGGGAAGUGGCUGGAUGGAUGGGAGACCAGGAGGAGGAGGACUCCAGGUCACGACUGGUGCAUCAUCAAGCUGGGGAUACAAGGGGUUGUCCGAGGCUUUGACGUGGACAUUUCCUACCUCAUGGGAGAUUAUGCUCCUCGGAUAUCCAUUCAAGCAGCCAACUUGGAAGAAGAUAAACAACCAGAAAUCCCACAGAGAGGCGCCAGGAUGGGAGCCGCGGCCACGCCAGAGGAGUUUGAGGCUGUUGCCAAGCUGAAGUCCGACGACUGGAAUUACCUGGUGCCCAUGACAGAGCUCAAGCCAGGAAAGCCUGCUUCCAGCCACAAUUACUUUCCCGUGAAUUCCCAGCAGAGAUGGAGUCACGUAAGGCUCAACAUUUUCCCGGAUGGUGGAAUUGCACGUCUUAGAGUGUAUGGUACUGGACAGAAAGACUGGGUUGCAACUGAUCCCAAAGAACCAUUUGACCUGGUGGCCAUCGCUCACGGGGGUGCCUGUGUAGGAUUCAGCAAUGCACACUUUGGGCAUCCAAACAAUAUGAUAGGAGUUGGCAAGCCCAGGUCCAUGGCAGAUGGCUGGGAGACGGCGAGAAGGCUGGACAGGCCUCCAAUAUUAGAAAAUGACGAGAACGGCAUUCUCCUUGUUCCAGGCUGUGAAUGGGCAGUUUUCCGAUUGGCACACCCUGGAGUAAUAACGCAAAUAGAAAUUGAUACAACACAUUUUAAAGGCAAUUCCCCUGACAGCUGUAAGCUGGAUGGUUGUAUCCUGACAACUCAGGAGGAAGAAGAUACGAUCAAGCAGAAGUGGAAGCUUCCAGGCCAUAAGUGGAAACCGCUGCUGCCAGUCACCAAGCUCUCCGCCAACAACAGUCACUUGUUCGACAGCCUGACCCUGGAGCUCCAGGACGUCAUCACACACGCAAGGCUCACCAUCUUCCCGGAUGGUGGCGUGGGCCGCCUGCGACUCAAGGGCUUCCCCAGCUCCAUCUGCCUGCUGAGGCCCCGCGAGAAGCCUAUGAUGAGGUUCUCCGUGAAAGCGGGCUUCCGAGCCAACCUCUGACUCCCCGCAGGGCCGAGCGCUGGUCAACGCGAUCCUACACAUCUUCUGAAGUGUUCUUAACACCCCAAACUUAAGAGGCUCUAGCAAUGAAUCUUACCAAGAUCAAUGGGAUUCCUGGUUAUUUAAUAAAGUGGUCACUCUCA